AUGGUUUCUUGCGAUGGAGGAAACAUUCUGGUUUUCCCUGUGGACGGCAGCCAUUGGGUGAAUAUGAAAGUUAUUUUGGUAGAGCUUCAUUCAAGGGGACACAACCUCACCGUGAUCAGGGCCUCCAACAGCUGGUACAUCCCAGAACAGUCUCCUCUCUACACGUCCAUUACAGUUGAAAUGGAUGAGAGCAUGGAGGACUUCUUUGACGUGUAUCUAGACGAACAGCUGAGGGUAAGUAAAUGUUUCCAUGCGCAGAGAGAAGGAGCUUCAUUCUGGACUUUUCUCAAACUCACCACGCAUUUCCUGUCCAUGGUUUCUAAGGCUCAUGAAAUGUGGGCUGAGGCCUUCAUUAAAAUUGUUGAAGAUCAGAAAGUGCUCCAAAGCAUUUUAGAUUCAAAAUAUGAAUUGAUGCUCACUGAUCCAGCUAUGGCACCAGGUUUGUACCUGGCUAAAUUCCUCAAACUGCCUGUCGUGCUCAAUGUGCGAUGGAUUACAAGCGGAGAAGGCCACUUUGUUUUAGCCCCGUCUCCACUGUCCUACAUCCCAGUGCCAGGAUCGGGCUUAACGGACAAAAUGAAUUUCAUCCAGAGGGUCAAGAACUUUCUUUUCUCCACCAUCGGCCUGGUCCAGCAGAAAGUCAUGGUGGAGCCGAGCUAUUUCGCGGUCCGAGAGAAGUAUUUUGAGGGCAGAUUUGACACUAUCUCGCUCCUUCAGGAAGCAGACAUUUGGCUGUUCAGGUCAGAUUUUGUGUUUGAGUACCCUCGACCCACAAUGCCGAACGUUGUUUACAUCGGAGGAUUCCAGUGCAAACCGGCCCAGCCACUGCCAGCGGACCUGGAGGAGUUUGUUCAGAGCGCCGGGGAGAACGGAGUGAUCAUCAUGACUCUGGGAACUCUGGUCAACGCUUUGCCCGCAGAUCUCGCAGAUGAAGUCGCCAGAGUGUUUGCCAAGUUACCUCAGAAGGUGAUAUGGAGACACAACGGAGCGACUCCCUCUACACUGGGAAAUAACACCCUUAUCGUGGACUGGAUGCCCCAGAAAGACCUCCUGGGCCACCCGCAGAUCAAGCUCUUUGUUGCUCACGGAGGAACCAACGGCGUCCAGGAGGCCAUCUACCACGGCGUCCCGGUGCUCGGCAUACCCUUGUUCUUCGACCAGUAUGACAACCUCCUGCGCCUGCAGGACAGGGGAGCCGCCAAGAUUCUGGAGCUGUCGGACCUCAACGCGGACACUUUUGAGCAAGGCAUCCAGGAAGUGCUCCACACAGACAGCUACCGCAUGAACAUUCAGCGCAUGUCUCGUCUGCACAGGGACCAGCCUUUGGCCCCCAUGGACCAGGCCGUCUUCUGGGUAGAAUACGUCAUGCGUCACAAAGGGGCUCCUCAUCUGCGUACCGAGGCCUACAGGAUGCCCUGGUACUCAUAUUACUCUUUAGACGUGCUGCUCCUCAUGCUGACUGUGCUGACUGCACUGAUUGUUUCUACUCUAUGUGUGUUUAGAUUUUUGUGCUGCAGAAGAAGAAAAAAUUCAAAAGCCAAACAAAACUGA